AUGUCGGAUCCGUAUCGGCUUGAGUGUGGAGUCAGGCAAGGUGGCUUAACAUCACCAACCCUAUUCAAUCUAUAUAUCAACGGGCUGAUCGUAGCGCUUAGCAGUCAGCAUGUCGGCUGCCACAUUGACGGUGUUUGUGUCAAUAAUCUGAGUUACGCAGACGACAUGGUGCUGCUGAGUGCAUCGGUCUGCGGCCUGAGGAAGCUGAUACGGAAAUGCGAGGAAUAUGCAUGUGGUCACGGAUUAUUGUAUAAUGUCAGAAAGAGUCAAUACAUGAUCUUUGAGGCCGCUGGUGCGAAAUGUCCUGAUAAUAUACCUCAAAUAAAAUUGAAUGGUGUACCCUUGGAAAGGGUUAAACAGUUUCAGUAUCUGGGGCAUUUACUCACCUUCGACCUAAGGGAUCACGCUGAUAUGGACCGGGAACGGAGGGCGCUGUCGGUCAGAGCUAACAUGAUCGCCCGUAGGUUUGCGCGGUGUUCAAAGGAGGUCAAGGUUACACUCUUCCGAGCGUUCUGCACAUCGCUCUACUCGUGCAGCUUAUGGGCUAAUUACAGUAGGAAGAGUUACAGCGUCCUCCGCGUCCAAUACAAUAAUGCGUUUAGGGCGGUGAUGGGGUUGCCUCGGUUUUGUAGCGCCUCUGGUAUGUUUGCGGAUGCGCGCACCGACUGCUUCAAUGCCACCAUGCGCAAGCGGGCCGCGUCCCUGGUGCGCAGAGUGCGGGCCAGCUCCAACACUGUCUUAGCGAUGAUCUCAGGAAGGUUAGACUGUUAUAUUAUCCGGCAUUGUUGCGAAAGGCAUGUCGCAGACCAGCUGCCUCUGAGAAAGUAUUGA